ACUUUAAUCUUUAAGAUUCCCAUCACCACCACCCUCUAAAGAAUGCAGGCCAAACCACUCAAUUUCCUCCCAUUCAAACCAUGGUGGCCCUCCUUCAAACUACCAUCCGUACGGGCCCUCUCAUUCCGUGAUCGAGCUCCUCAAAACAUUUCUACAACUAUACAAAGUCAACAAGUAUCAAUUUCAUCUCAAGAUGAAAAAACAUCAGCUUAUUGGGAUUAUCAGUUUCUUUUCAUGUCUCAGCGUUCAGAAACUGAUAAUCCCAUUAAUUUGCGUGUCGUUGAGGGCUCCAUCCCGUCAGAUUUCCCACAGGGGACAUAUUAUCUGACGGGACCAGGAAUACUAAAGGAUGACCAUGGCUCAUCGGUGCACCCUUUCGAUGGCCAUGGCUAUCUUAGAGCAUUUACAUUUGACGGGGCCAAAGGUGAGGUCACAUUCAUGGCUAAAUACGUUAAGACCACGGCUCAAGUGAAGGAGCAUGACCCUGAUAGUGGUAAGUGGGAGUUUACUCAUCGGGGCACAUUCUCUACAUUAAAGAAUAGGAGAAAAUUUGGGGAUACUACAGUUAUGAAAAAUGUAGCAAAUACAAAUGUAUUGAAAUGGAAUGAUAGGUUGUUUUGCUUGUGGGAAGGUGGUCCACCGCAUGAGAUUCAAUCUGUGUCGUUAGAUACGAUCGGAGAAUUUGAUUUGGUAAAUGAUUCUCAAAGGUCACCAAUGCCGUCAACCACCGUCCGGGAUGCAGUGGAUGGUGGUGACAUUAUCUUAGAUUUUGCUACAUGUUUACUGAAGCCGAUAUUGUAUGGAGUUUUUAAGAUGCCAGCAAAACGAUUGUUGGCUCAUUAUAAGAUUGACGCAUCCAGGAAUAGGCUGCUUAUGCUGGCAUGCAAUGCAGAGGAUCUGCUCCUCCCACGCAGUACUUUCACCUUUUAUGAGUUCGAUUCUAAUUUCAAGAUCAAACAAAAACAAGAAUUCCGUAUCCCCGAUCAUCUCAUGGUUCACGAUUGGGCUUUCACUGAUUCUUAUUACGUAUUGUUUGGCAAUCGCGUCAAACUUGACAUUUUUGGAGCAAUGUCGGCAAUUGGCGGAUAUACUCCAAUGGUAUCAGCAUUAUUGGUGAAUCAUAGUAAGUCGACUUCUCCGAUAUAUUUGCUUCCUCGUUUCCCUGAGCAUGAUCGGGGGAGGGAUUGGAAAGUGCCGAUUGAAGCUCCUUUGCAAAUGUGGAUGCUUCAUAUAGGGAAUGCAUUCGAAGAACGAGAUAUCAAAGGCAAUAAACGAAUUCAAAUACAAGCAAGCGGGUGUUCUUACAAGUGGUUCAAUUUUCAAAAAAUGUUUGGAUAUGAUUGGCAAUCUGGUGAAGUAGACCCAUGGGGGAUGAAUGAGGACAAAGGAGAAAAUAAAUUGUCGCCUCGUUUAAUCAAGGUUUCGAUUGAGUUAGAUGAAACUGGAAACUCUGAAAAAUGUUUUGUGAAUAAUCUAAAUGAUCAAUGGCAACAAGCAACUGAUUUCCCAGUUAUUAAUCAAGAAUUUGGUGGAAACAACAAUACUUAUAUGUACGCUGCAGCAACGUCGGGUGUUCGUCAAGACUUGCCGUAUUUUCCAUUUGAUACUGUGGUGAAGUUCAACACCAUGAAGAAUUCCAUGCAAACUUGGUAUGUUGGCACUAGAAGAUUUAUUGGUGAGCCCAUGUUCGUCUCAAAAGGAAGCGAUGAGGAUGAUGGAUACCUCCUUGUUGUCGAGUAUGCAGUAUCAGAACAGAAGUCAUAUCUAGUAAUUUUGGAUGCCAAGAGGAUCGGGGAGACAAAUGCAAUGGUGGCAAGACUUGAAGUUCCUAAAUAUUUGAAUUUUCCGCUUGGAUUUCAUGGAGUUUGGGCCUCUAACAAUUCUAAAACAUAGACAAAUACUUUACAAUAUAUUAUAUGUGUUUUAAAUGACUAUAUGUAAAAUAUAGCAUCCUAUUAUAAUUUAUUUGUGUAUUAUAAUAUCCCAAGUUGAUAGUU